AUGGACAUAGAGCUAUCUAUAGGAGAGGAGGAUGUUGGUUGGAGGAGUCGACGGGAGAGAAUAAAUAAUGCAUUGGCGGCUACGCAAACCGUGGUGCAACAAUAUCCAGCGAAAGUGUACGCACUUGCUCGCAAACUGGGGGAUGUCAUCAAUGGCGCCGACGUUGAAGAGUUCAUUUCCACGAUCGAAAGGCUUGCCUAUCAAGCCCAUCCGUCUGUCAUUCUCAAUUUCCAGGGGCUAUCGAGGGGUUCAUUGCUCCACAUUGCAGCAGGAGUUGGCAAGGUCGACAUCCUAAGGCUCCUAGUUGAUUUUGUCCCUGACCACCUCAUAGCCAGCCAAGACGAUUGGGGAAAUACCCCCCUGCACAUUUCUGCUAGGGCCGGGGAAUCUAGAGCGGCCACAAUGUUGAUUCGCCGGGCAAGAGACCUCCCUGACCUAAUCCUGAGGAUGAAGAACAAACAUGGAAACACCGCUUUGCAUGAGGCCGUGCUUAAUCGUCAUGUCAACAUGGUGCAACUUUUGGUGAGAGAAGAUUUGGAGCCCGUGUAUUGGGAGAACUUGGAUAAAAAAUCUCCACUGUACCUGGCCCUUGACACCGGCGACUCCACAAUACUUGAGUUUCUACUUUCUCUCUCGCUUGAAACAUCAAGGAUACAAGGCUUGCCGCCUGUUCAUGGUGCUGUUCUGCGUUCUGACUAUGAAUUAGUCGCCAAGCUAUUCAAAAGGAACAUGAAGCUAUUUGCAAUGAUCGACUCCGGAGGCGGUAAUGUAUUCCACAUAGCAGCUCUCUUGAGCAAGGCUAGAGUAUUCGAACACUUACAGCCAGAAACAGAAUAUUUGGUUCAAGAACGGGAUGUGAAUGGGGAUCUUCCCAUUCAUAUUGCGAGCAAGAUGGGAAAUGUUGAACUGAUCAAGAAGCUGCAACCGGUAUCACAGUUGCUAAACGGGCAAGGACAAGCAAUUCUUCAUAUUGCAGCCAAAUAUGGGAGAACUUCGGCAGUGAGAUAUAUACUCAGCGAUCCAGAAUUGGGGAUGCUGAUAAAUGAAAGAGAUAAUGCUGGAAAUACACCAUUGCACAUGGCCGCAAUGUAUUCACAACCCGGUGCCUUGGUUUCUCUUGUGCAGGAUGAAAGAAUUCAGCUCUUACUUCUCAACCACAAACGCUUGACUGCUUUUGACAUUGCUCUAGACGGCAUCAAAGAUAAGUAUGUGUUUCGAAAGUCGAUGGGAUUGUUGAAGCACUGA